UAGUGGGGCCUUGUGGAGGGUCGUAGCCCUGGAUUUCUUAGAGAUGGAGGGUCAUGGUUAUGACCGGUUUGGAGAUGGGGAGAGGGACACUUACCAAAUCGACUACCGGAGGAUUGUAGGGGACAUGGAACCGGCACGGCCACGCAUCCCGAACAGAGAUGGGGAACAAACUCAAGCCUACGGGUCCUUUGCCCACCCGACGCCACAUGGACAUGGGCAUGAGACUGCAGCCCAGCGAUACAGUGCGACACGUAUCCAAGCUGGAUAUGAACCAGAGAGCAUGGCAGACUACUUGAUCAGUGGAGGAACAGGUUAUGUUCCUGAAGAUGGAUUAACAGCACAACAACUCUUUUCUAUUGGCGAUGGACUUACAUACAAUGACUUCUUGAUCCUCCCUGGUUUCAUAGAUUUUACUUCUGAUGAGGUGGAUCUAACCUCUGCAUUGACGAGGAAGAUAACCCUGAAGACACCUCUUAUUUCAUCUCCCAUGGAUACAGUCACAGAGUCAUCGAUGGCCAUCGCCAUGGCAUUGAUGGGUGGGAUUGGAAUAAUUCAUCAUAACUGUACUGCUGAGUUCCAGGCCAACGAGGUGCGCAAAGUCAAGAAAUUUGAGCAGGGCUUUAUUACAGAUCCGGUGGUGAUGAGUCCCCGACACACAGUGGGGGACGUGUUUGAGGCCAAGACACGCCAUGGCUUCUCUGGGAUCCCUGUAACAGAGACCGGCAAGAUGGGCAGCAAGCUGGUCGGCAUUGUCACCUCCAGAGACAUAGACUUUCUGUCUGAGAAGGACCAUGACAAACCCCUGGAGGAGGCAAUGACAAAAAGAGAAGAUUUAGUUGUCGCGCCCGCUGGAGUCACACUCAAAGAGGCUAAUGAUAUACUGCAACGUGGCAAAAAAGGAAAGUUACCCAUAGUAAAUGACAGCGAUGAGCUGGUUGCCAUCAUUGCGAGGACUGACUUGAAGAAGAACAGAGAUUAUCCUCUGGCUUCCAAGGACUCCCGCAAACAGCUGCUGUGUGGAGCUGCAAUCGGUACAAGGGAGGACGACAAGUACAGACUAGACCUGCUCAUGCAGGCUGGGGUGGAUGUGGUCGUCCUGGAUUCCUCCCAAGGAAACUCAGUGUAUCAAAUCAAUAUGAUAAACUACAUCAAACAGAAAUAUCCUGAACUACAGGUAGUUGGAGGAAAUGUGGUGACAGCUGCUCAGGCCAAAAACCUCAUAGAUGCUGGUGUGGAUGCACUGAGGGUGGGCAUGGGGUGUGGCUCUAUCUGUAUCACCCAGGAAGUGAUGGCAUGUGGACGGCCCCAAGGUACAUCGGUGUACAAGGUUGCAGAGUAUGCCCGACGUUUUGGAGUACCAGUCAUUGCUGAUGGAGGCAUUCAGACUGUUGGUCAUGUGGUGAAGGCUCUGGCCCUGGGAGCAUCAACAGUGAUGAUGGGGUCGUUGCUCGCGGCAACCACUGAAGCUCCAGGAGAAUAUUUCUUUUCAGAUGGUGUCCGUCUGAAAAAAUACAGAGGAAUGGGCUCCUUGGAUGCCAUGGAGAAAAAUAACAGUCAGAAACGCUACUUCAGUGAGGGAGACAAGCUGAAGGUGGCUCAAGGUGUCUCAGGAUCAGUGCAAGAUAAAGGCUCCAUUCACAAGUUUGCUCCCUACCUCAUUGCUGGUAUCCAACAUGGCUGUCAGGACAUAGGAGCCAAGAGUUUAUCCAUUUUACGGUCGAUGAUGUACUCUGGAGAGCUGAAGUUUGAGAAGAGAACCAUGUCUGCUCAGAUGGAGGGAGGAGUCCACGGCCUCCACUCUUACGAGAAACGACUUUACUGACUCUGGAGGAAGAGGAAUCACUCGAACAGGACCAAAUGUCCCAUCCCCAGCGGCUAUGAGCAGAUGCACCGGGCGCAUGUGAUCAAACUACAUACAGAAAUCUGUUGUUUUACUGUACAACCUACACACUCUAAAACCUGAGACUGCUUUUUUGUGUUCUCUCCUUUGUUUCUUGUCUCUCUCAUCUCUGACCCCAUCAAAGAUGAACAAAACAACACCUCAAUUUAAAGUUCAAACUUUACGUGCCCUUUAUCUGUCUUUCUUCCACUGUGGCUAAGGUGCACUGGAGGUAACGUAAUUAUCUGAUCCCUUUCAACAAGCCAACGGAUGUUACUUUAGGAUAAGCUCAUCAUUGCUGAUCUAACGGGAGGCCCAUCUCCUGGUUGGCCUCUGAAUUACACCCUGAUACAGGCGAGUAGGCAAUACAACAAAGAUUGCCAUCAUUUUUGUGUAGUGCAACAUGCAUUGACUUUUGGAGGACAUCAAACAGUUAGAUACUUUAUUUGCAGAAUAAAAAUGUUUCCCAUUUUUUUUCAGAAUAGGAGUAAAGUAACAGAUAAAUUAAACAACCUCAUUACAGCUCUGUGCUGAUAACUUGUGUGUAAAGCGUACUUAACCAGGAGGAAACAUCUACAUAUAGUUCAAUUGUGUUCUCGUUAUCUUCUUACAACACCUGCUAGUUUUUGUUUAAGCAAACUAUGUAAUUUCUCUGACAGACAAAUAUUUUAUUUUUACAUAAUGGAUUCUCUGAUCACCUUGAAUGUAGUAAUCUUACCUCCAGAUUGUUGCAGAAGGGACCAAAGCUUAGCAUCAGCUUAACUCAACUAUUUAGUAGUUUUAAAUCUCACUCUGAAUUUUCCUCUACUCCCCUUAUUUGAUACAGAAGAAACUUGAUAACAAAUUGUUUGCGUAACAAGACAGAAGACUACACACAUUACAUUUCUGAUUAUCUGAUUAUAAUUCCAUACAAUAUUCUCAUUUUACAAAUAAGUCUGAGUAACUUUGGCUUGACAUGUUGUAAUCUUCUAGAAUUUAAUUAAAAAAAACAGUAUUAAUUAGAUGGCUAUUGACUGUACAUAAUACAUAAUAAAGGUAGUUAUUGUAUUUUUUUAGGUUCAUGAUAAAAAAAAAGUAUUGUGAGUCAAUGAAAUAGAGCAAUAAAGUCAGUGCAGAAGGUUUGGAACAAAACAAUUGCUUAGGAUAGAUUUAUAUCUUUAUGUAGUCAAAACAUUAUUUAAAGUUGAUGUAUCAGUUUUAAAUGUGAUUUCUUAUUUUUCUGGAUGUUACUCAACAUCUUUGGUAUAACAUAAGUUGUUCUAUGAUAAACAGUGUACUGGUGAACUGGUUGAUCAAGUUUCUAAAUAGUUUCUUAUUUAAAGGUUACAGAAAAUGUAUUAAUAUAUUUUCUUCUAUCACCCACUGGUUUUAAAAUUAUGUCUAUGUUAAUAGUGUUGGAUGAAUAAAGAUAACUUUGAAA